AUGCCGCGGGCGGGCAGCCACCCGGGCUGCCGGGGUACGGCGCUGCUGGCCCUGGCGCUGGCCCUGGCAGGGUCCCUGGGCGGCGGGCAGCACUACGACUACUAUGGGUGGCAGCCCGAGAGCCUGCCCCACGGGCGCUUCUACGGGCGGGAGCCGCAGUGCCUCGACAUCCCGCCCGACAUGCAGCUCUGCCGCGACGUGGGCUACAAGCGCAUGCGGCUGCCCAACCUGCUGGAGCACGAGACCAUGGCCGAAGCCAAGCAGCAGGCUGGCAGCUGGGUGCCCCUGCUCGCCAAGCAGUGCCACACCGACACCCAGCUCUUCCUCUGCUCCCUCUUCGCCCCCGUCUGCCUUGACCGGCCCGUCUACCCCUGCCGCUCCCUCUGUGAGGUGGUACGGGACUCCUGUGCCCCUGUCAUGGAGUCCUACGGCUUCCCCUGGCCUGAGAUGCUGCAGUGUGGCAAGUUCCCCUCUGACCACGAGCUCUGCAUCGCCGUCCAGUUUGGGAACAGCAAAGCCACGCCACCACCAGUGUCCAAGAUCUGCACCCAGUGUGAGAUGGAGCACAAAGCAGAUGGCAUGAUGGAGCAGAUGUGCUCCAGUGACUUUGUGGUGAAAAUGCGCAUCAAGGAGAUGACUGAGGAGAACGGGGAGCGGCGGCUGGUGGCUGCCCAGAAGAAGAAGGUGCUGAAACUGGGCCCGCUGAAGCGCAAGGACACCAAGAAGAUGGUGCUGCACAUGAGGAAUGCCAGUGCCUGCCCCUGCCCCCAGCUCGACAGCCUCAGUGGCAGCUUCCUGGUCAUGGGCCGCAAGGUGGGCGGCCGCCUGCUCCUCCUGGCCAUCUACCCCUGGCAGAAGCACAACAAGGAGAUGAAGUUUGCGGUCAAGUUCAUGUUCUCCUACCCGUGCCCGCUCUACCACCCCCUGCUCUAUGGGGCUGGGCAGCACUAGGGCUUUGCCCAUGCUGCCCUUUCCCAGAACUCCUGCACUGGCCCAGCAUCCCACCCCUGGCCUCCCUGGCUGCACCCCAGGACCUCAGCUCUGCUCACCUCAGCCCCUUGGUUGUGCCCCAGAACUCAGCUCUGCACCUGCAGGAAUCCCUGCUGUGUUUGUGAGAGCCCUGAUCCACAGCCAGGACCCCUGCCUCCUCCUGAGAGCCCUGCUCUGCACCCCUGGGACCCCUGUUCUGCUCCAAGGGCCCCCAUCCCUGGCCAGAAGCUUAGUCUGGACCCAGGACCCUUGUUCUGCAGCUUGUGAGCCCUGGUCUGCACCAGAGACCCUUAUCUACUCCCAGGUUCCCUGCCCAGAAGCACAGAGACUCAUGCUUUCAUUUAGGAUCCCUGCUUGGCCCUCCUGUCUACACCUGGGACCCCUGCCCUGCACCCAUGACCUUUACCCAGCUCACUCAUGAUAUGCCACACACCCUCAGCCCCCCAAUCCCUAUUCCACCCCAGCAACACAUCCUAUGCCCUCCCCUGGAGCUCACAUCCAGCCCUGGAUUAUGUCACCUUCACAGAGACCCAGCUCAGCCAGGUCCCUCUUGUCCCUCUUUUCCCACAGACUGACCCCCUCAAGACCAAGUGGCCAGAGCAGCACAAACCCUUCCUGGGCUCCCCCACUCCCCACACGGUGUGAGGGGGGCCCACUUCCAAGCACCCCAGACCAGCCCUACUGCAUCCCUCACACACACCCCUGCUGUGACCCAGCCACGCACCCCUUACAACACCACAGUAAAUUAUUCCACCUCAGAGAAGUCUGUGUGCCACUCACUGCAGUUCAUGGGUAAGAGCCCCUUGGGGCUC